AUGGGCCGGUUCGUCCGCGUGACGGGGGAGGGUGGUGUGGAUGUGCGUUCGGCCAUGAUGGCUAUUGGGAAGCUUCGGAAGCCCGUCGCUACUCCAUCACUGCAGAAAUUGCUCUCCCUCGAACAGGACUUUGCCAGCUUCGACGAGCAAUUAUCCCAAGCCGCCCAGAUAGUUGGGCUCGAAGAGCUUCUUGCAGGAGCAGAUGAAAACACUCGUCCUGCUCUCAGUAAACAGCGCUUCCAUAGCAGGUCGGAAUGGGUGCUCCGCUGGUUGCUUGAAAAACUAAAGGCAAAGGACGAGGUGGGCCGCACAGCGAGGGCGAGCGCAAGAGCAUGGAAACUUUUAUCAGGGCUUCUAUAUACACUUCCCACGUCGAAUGCGGCCAAACUGCUCAACGGAUCCCAGUUUCUUUUGGUAUUGGAGAGAGCUCUGCUGGAGAAUUUUGCCGAGGACGCCAGAGGCGGAUGGAUCACUGACUCGGUCGAUCAAGAUGCACCAGCAUCUACCAGACGUGAAAGCACAUCGGGAUCGAGUGCUACUCUGGAAGAGCAGCCUCGUCCGUCCAAGAAGCGAAAGCGGCACAACGGAUCGCCUAAGGAGCCUGUUACUACGAAGUCAACUACACGUACUAUGAAGUCCGUCACGGAACUGUUUAAGUGCAUUGCGGCCGUUGUCGAAGCUAUCCAUGAGCAGUCUUCUCCAUCAAGCCAGGAUGACAAUGGGACAGUCGCAUCCGCGCACAUGAGGGCAGUCUUACGGACCGACACCGCGCAAGCAGCGCUCAUACUCAAACUAUGGAUUGUUGCGCUAUGCAAUAUGAUCCGGAGCUUCGCACAAGCCCAGAAUCCAUUAGAGGGCUGGAAGGGACGUGCACAGUAUUUAUCCUCUGUUAUACGCAUAUGGUACAUGAGGUCACUCGAUCUUGACGAUGAGUCUGAGAUUUCUGCCGCAGUCUUCUCGUCAGAAUGCCUUGUACCCGUCACUCAGCUACUCUCCGUUGUUAUGCACGGCUCCAAAGGGACCAACAGCCAACGAGCUCUAAUUAAGGACGAAGAAGAAUCGAUCCGUCAGCUUGAGCAGCUGCUGGCAAGGCAUCUGUUUAUCCCGUCCCGUACAGCGUACUUUGCGGCCCCCCAAGACAGGACGUCAACUGCACAAACUGCACGGCAGACGGCUCCCAACGACACCCUGCGCGAGCGACUACAGCCAAUCAAGUCUUACAUAGUAGCUAGCGCCCCGAAUGACCACUCUACCGCAGAGGAGAGUCUGCAGAAGACAGAGAUCGCCUUCGGCGCUAUGCCGCUGCUAUUCGAUGUAGCCAUUCGAUGUUCUCCCAACCUGACUAUCAAGCGAAAACAUACUGAGGCACCUUGGAUAAACCAUGUGUUCACAGUGCUCAUGGAUUGUACAUGUGCGACCAAGCCCGGAGCUCCUAACUCUCUUCUCGCGCAAAUGCAAGCUCGGACUCUGGAAAGCCUUCUAGACGUCAUCAUCAGAAGGAGGAUGUCUCUUGAUGAGAAUGUUCUCAAGAUUGUAAUAGACGGACACUCUGGAAACCUCCAUGCCAGUGAUGUUACUCGGGACGUCCGGUGGAGUCUGAUCGCUAAAGUUACUGCCCUUGAUCCAGACAUCUUCAUCAAUAGGCGCAAGCCUAGCAAAACUGAUCGCGAUGAGAUAUCAAUCCCCACAGUCACGACUGGUUUAGCGGAUGCCGUGUCGAGAAUGGACCUUCCGAGUGACGUAUAUCAGAACCCCCAGGAAACACCAUGGAGGAUCGUUAUUAAAUCCAUUCUCAUACCACUCAUGCAGGCAUACGCUCGCAACAGGAACCUUGUCGGUUUUCUGACAGUAUGGCAAGCGCAGCUAGAACACCGAUUGUCUGUAUGGUUGACGGAUGUAGAAGAGCAAAAUGUCUCCGAUCGCCCACCGAUUCCAGGCCGACGGCCGGUGAUCUGGGAAGAUUCAGAGCUCAUCAAAGCCCUGCGACCGCUACUUGAGGCUUCGCUCACUGGCAGGCAAAUUGCAGAGGAGCUGACGAGCUAUGGGUCCCCCCUCCACGAGCUCCGUGAGUCGAUCGAAGAGAACGAUAAGAUAGCGAUGCUAGACGAUGGAGAGCCUAGCAUCUCUUCAUCCUCUAACUUGUUUUCCGGGGGCCCUCGACGGAAGCAUUUGCUGGAUUGCCUCCCUUCGGGUGAGCGGCACCUUUGGGCGAGCGCGGCGGCCAGCCACGUUGUCCUCGAUGCCAUGCUAGGUGCGCUUCAAUCAGACUCACUGCUUGAGGAACUUGUUCCUCAACUUCAGAGUCUGUUCAAUGAUUUGAGCAAACUUGCUGCGGACGCAACGAUCAAAUGCUGCGAGCUUCUGCCAAGCACAUGGCGUAUCUUGGGUCGUUUACAUGAGCUUCUGCUUCCUUUUGUUGACGACUCCGCUCUCGAAGCGCAAUGUGAGAUCGCGUGGCACGCCCAAGGACGCCUUCCACUGGUAAACGCAGCGUUUGAAUGCCUUGAGAAUCCGAUAUCACCGGAACGCUUUGAUAGUCUGGAACUUUACCACCACAGUAUGCGCGUUGACGCCUUUUCGUUCCUCGUCAUCAUGGUCCACAGCUUUGCGUCAGGCUCUGACUUACGAGUAAAAGCGACCGAAGCGCUGAAUGCCGCAAUUCAGACCCUUUUUGAACCUCAAUACGGGCCAAUUGGACGUCCCUUCUAUAAUGCGAUCAAGGAUACUGCUUCAGAUGAAGCAAAGGACUUUGUAAAGCAUGCGGCUUUAGUACUGAGUUUCGCGUCCCAGUUCGUCCGCUUUCCUGACGUAUUUCAAUUCCUUGAAUCAGAGCCGCGUCGUGAUUUCUUCGAUCUGGUGUAUUGGUGUGCGCUGGAGGAGCAUUCGUCGCCUUUCAUUGCAAAGCAAGUCCAGACUUACGGGGCGCCGCCUUCCGCAUUCGAUGCUGUGAUUGACUCCGUCUGUACCAACGCCCCAUCGGCUGUUAGAGAUGACCUAUUUCAGGUUCUCGUGGAGGGGGGCUCAGCUAAGGAUCUCUCAGAUGAAGACGAAAGCCUGCGCUGGGAUGUCGUCGGUUUCUCCGAGCGGUGCUUUCAUCGGAUCCCGCUUGCUGCUAUGGGUCGCAAAUACAGAGAAGCUGUGCUGGACAAGGCUCUGGAAAUCGCUAAGCGUGCAAGGGGCAAGCGCAAACCGACCGAGCUUGCGAAUCACUUCAGCGUCAUGUUGAAGCUAAUGGAGGUCCCAAAUGCCACAGCCAAGCUGUGUGUUGAUUCGAAAGAGCUGGUAGUCCUAGCGAGCACUCUCAACAACGAAGACGUUGCGGAAGAGCCGACACUAGUCGAGCUACUUGGAGCACUUGUACAGCAGACUCUGCAGCAUGUUUUGGCCACCAAGGAACAGGAACGAAGCAAGCAGUAUAUUGACGGUCUACGCACCAGCUUGCUUAGCUACAUCCACGAUGAAGGCUUUCCUACCGGACACCCUGGCAUAGCUAUGCUGUUGCGGCAGGCGGUCCCGCUAUUGGUUAACGACAACGUACCGUCUUCCGAACACAACGGGACUGGAAAGUAUUUGUCUGCGUUACAGGCUGGGCUUAGUGAACAGGACCAUAUGCCCGAGAAUGAAGAGCUGUUCGUCGGCCAUGAGUUUAAGGCCCUUGUGGGUGCUGUUAUUGAACUGCCACGCGUCACUGACGAUCAGCAUGACCCUCUCAGUCCUCUGGAGACUGCAUGGAAUAAGUACGCAAAGAUCGUAAUGUCGCCCUCUACAGAGACACCCAAGCUUGACUUGGAGGAUUCGGCGUGGGUUUUGAUACAUCAGCUGGCCGGAAAGAGACACCUGCAGGAUCAUCUGGAAGCGUACGUUGGUUUGUCGCGCAGCGUUCUACGCAGGGAUUUGUCCGCUCGGGACUAUCGCAAAGUUGUACGAAACUUCCAGGACGCGUUGCAAGAAAUCCCCGUUGAACAUCAGAGAGUUGUUGUCAAUCUGCUCCACGACCGCGACGACGGGCAGAUACCCUCGCCAGAAUCUCUGGAGUUGAUCCAUUCCAUCAUCCGACUGUCCAGACGCAUCUCUUCAAAGUCAUCCGAGGAUGCCGAGCAAAGCCCGGGAGCAACGCCUUCACCAACAGAUUGCUCUCUCUUCACCUCCCUUUGCGCCCUUCUCCCAAGGGUCCCGGAUAUCCGCCGCUUCCACCUGUUGGCAGAAUGCAUCAUGACUGUCCUACAAGAGAAGCAUUGGCCAAUCACACAAUACGCCGUCGACACCCUUCUCGCGUCCCUCACAGUCCUCUCCUCUCUCUCCGCUCCCAUUCUCCCCACCGAACACGCGAGUGCUAUCUAUCUCCGCCUCUGCUCAAUCACCCACUCACUCAUCUCGAUCCGCCGCACAAAGCUCGGCGGCCGCUUCCACAUCCUCAUGCCCCUCCUUCAAGCCCUCCUAAGCUGCCUCUACAUCCCCGAAAGCCGCCACAGCACCGCUCUCCCUCUACCACCCUGGCUCGAUUCUCGUAAGCCCCUCCUAGGUCAAAAGCACGCAACGGCCUACGCCCGCCUCCUUACAACGCUCUGCUCCCCGACCGUCUCCUCCGUCUCGCGCAAGCGGAAGCACGACGAUGCCGCCCUGACGGACGAAACGAAGAAGGCGAGGGAAUAUGUGGGGCAGUAUAUUCCGCUUGUGUUGAUGCAGUAUUGCAGCCUCCAGCUUAGGGGGAAGGUGGCGGAGGGUGUGAGGGAGAGACUGCAGCCGGGGCUGUGGGUGGCUAUGGAUGUUGUGGGGUUGGAGGGGAUGAGGGCAAUGAGUGCGGGGAUGGAUGGGCCGGGGAGGGCGGUUUGGAGGGGGCUCUAUGGGGAGUGGAAUCGGUUUGGGAGGUGGAAGGAACGAUGA